AUGAGCAGCAGUACUUUGUUGGAAAUUUUUGGACAUGUACUUUUUAGUUUCACGAAAAGUGUGACCGAUCAUUAUAACCCAGAGGAACCGGAGUUCAACAACGAGUUAUUUGGGUAUAAUCCUCUCGAAAGCACAGGUCGAGAAUGGUAUUAUCACCCUGUGGAUGAGCUUGUUUACCAGGAAUACGGUGGAAAAGAUUUAAUCACGAGCACGAGCUAUCUAGCUGCGAGCAGUCUUGAUGUAAAGGUAAUUGAUGCAUGUUCUACAGAGGUGAACGAAACAGAAGCGAACGAGAUAAAAGUCGACAACAACAGUGGCACAGCUUGGAAGCGUUUGAGACCUUCCGUUUGCCGUACAAUUUUACAAUCGCUGUCUAUCGGAGCCUUGAUUUCAUUGCUGGCUGCUAUCAUCUCAGGUGCGGAGUACAUUUUGAUCUCUUAUCUUUGUUAUGAAACUAUCAAUGUUUGUGAAUUCGAACCGCAAAGGACAUCAAUUCCCCUUCGAGUUCAGUGGAUGCGAACAAUUGUGAUUGCGAUGGCUUAUUUCUUUCUCUAUAAUUGGUUCUUUUCAAAUGUGCUGCUACUUUUUCGCUUUUAUCAACUACAUGGACUGAAGAGAAAAUUGUUUCUAGCUUUCUCCAUUCCCUUCUGUAUCGAUGCUACCUAUCGUAUCACACUACAGGCUUUGGGAAUGUCGUUUUCGAAACUUUCCUUGGUUCAAAAUAUUCCCACAAACAUUAAUUUUCUCACAAGCUUCGGUGUCCAAGUUUAUCUCCUUGCGAAACAUUUUUGCACCCAGUCAGUGAAAAGGCAGAUCUCUUUGUUCUGCCAAAUGACAGUACCUCUUUGCCUCACGUUUAUUAUCGGUAUGAUCUUCAAGUAUCUGAUUUAUCCAGCAUACAUCAAAGAGGAUACAAACGGUAAGCUACUCAUUGCUGUAUUCGCACCGUUGACUGGGGUGUUAUUGAAACCAAUAGCACGCAUCUGCGCCCAGAGGCUAUGGAACAUUACCCAUCCGGGUUACUCUUACGUGCUAUCAGCGCCUUUGUAUUACGGAUCAGCGGUUGUCUUUCGAAUUUUACAAGCGGAUUUGGACAAUUUAUGGUCAAUUGCGCUUCUUGGGAUAAUUCACGGAGCUGCAGAAGUUAUAGAACGUAGUGCCAUGGUUUUAAUUGACCACAUUUGUCAUGUGCUAUGCAAAAGAACCUCUGCUCCAUUGGGAAGUUUUCGUACUCCCCGACGCGAAAGACUCAUGGCUGACAUCGCCAUCAUGAGCAUGCUGUCUGAGUCAGCGGCUAUAGUUUCUGUGAACGGCGUCAUAUACCUGUAUCAAUGGGUCUACAUCGAGGACAGCUCGUGGUCAAAACUGUUGCAGUCUUUUGCCAUUUUCACUUCCGUUCCUCUAUUUAUUGAAUGGUUUUUUAACAGCAUGUCUCUGGCGAUCGAGACUCGCUAUCAGAAUAUGGCUGUUAUGGCUGUUUGGCGAAAGAGAUGGAAGAGGCAUUUUCUCGUGGCGAUUGUCAACACGGUGCCGAUUGCAUUAACUCUCAGCACCAAUCAGAUAGCAGUGGUUCACGAGAGAUUUGAUCGAAUUAGAGUCAAGCCUUGUAGAGUGCCAUUUACACGAAACUUUACAUCAACAUCGUCGUAAAUUUGCGCAGUUUCGAGAGGUGUAAGCAUAAUAGAGCCUUUUUUUUGAUGAGAUUUUAAA